AUGAUCAUGCAGAGGAUUUGGAGAUCCGGUCUCCCGUGGGAUACCCCGUUGGAAGGAGAACUUCUACAAUCCUGGAAACAAUUCCGUGAAGCCCUACUCUUGGUAAGCGAAAUCAAGAUUCCUCGAUGCACCAUUUCUUCUGAUGCCACCACCAUCGAAAUCCAUGGCUUCUCCGACGCCUCGGCGGCUGCUUACGGAGUGGUCAUUUAUAUUCGCUGUAUCCUACCGAAUGGUAAGACUCGACUCAACAUGCUGUGCAGCAAAUCCAAGGUCACUCCGAUAGCUGAAUUGAGCAUUCCACGCAAAGAAUUACUCGGUGCCCGACUACUUGCCCGGCUACUCGUAAAAGUGCUGGACUCCCUUCAACUAGAUGUAUCGCAAGUUGUUCUGUGGUGCGACACAGAGAUUUUGAAGAGCACCGAAGGCUACACGUGGAAGUACAUCAAAUCGAAACAAAACCCAGCAGAUUUAGUAUCCAGAGGUCAAUUUCCACACGCCCUGAGCACCAAUGAACUUUGGUGGAAUGGGCCGACAUUUCUAAGUACCGCGCAGUACCAGUCGGAACUUCCCGAUGACAUCGCUGAUGAAGAUCUUCCGGAGUUGAAAAAGGUAAAUGUAACCGCCAUUCCAGUCGUUAACGAGGAGAAGAUGGAAGUAUUUUCUAGGUUCAGCUCGUUUAGAAAGCUUCAACGGGUAGUCGCGUUGGUCCAGCGAUUUAACCGUAACUGUCGACUGAAAUCUAGCAACGAACGAGUCCUCCAACGUCAUCCUACAAUCCAAGAACUACGCUCGGCUUUACCGCUGAUUGUAAGGGUCAUUCAGCUUGAAGCUCUGGGUGACGAGAUUCAUCGUGUGACAUCCAACGAACCGUGUAAGAAAAUUGCUGCUCUGAAUCCGAUUUACAACAAUGGAGUGCUGCGCGUUGGAGGAAGGCUUCAACAUUUCCUGCUACCUUUUGAAACCAAGCAUCCACUAUUACUUCCUAAACAUCCGAUCACCGAUCAAAUCAUCCGUACAUACCACGAAGAGAACCUGCAUGUUGGUCCAACUGCCCUAUUGGCCGCUCUCCGAUCACGUUUUUGGUUGCUGGAUGGAAGGUCGUCCGUCAGGAAGAUUACCAGAAGCUGCAUCACAUGUUUCCGGUCGAAGCCUAAACGUUCUAUUCAACUGAUGGGAAAUCUGCCGCCCUGCCGAGUAACACCCGCUGAACCGUUUUUGAAAACUGGCAUUGACUAUGCCGGACCAGUAUUUGUGAAGGAAGGUCAUCACAAACCGAAAAUUGUCAAGGCCUACAUCGCGGUGUUUAUCUGCAUGUCAACGAAAGCUGUCCAUUUGGAAUUAGUUUCCGACAUCUCUACCGCCGCGUUCCUAGCUGCACUUCAGCGCUUCGUCAGCCGACGGGGCAUUUGCCGAGAGGUCUUUUCAGAUAAUGGCUCCAACUUCAAGGGAGCCAAAUCCGAAUUACAUGAUCUAUAUCUCCUAUUUCGCAGCCGCAAUGCCGUUGACGAGAUAGCAUCCUUCUGCCAGCCAAAAGAGAUCUCCUGGAAAUUUAUCCCACCGGAAGCUCCCAACUUUGGCGGCCUCUGGGAGAGCGCAGUGAAGACCGCUAAGUAUCACCUGAAGAGAACUCUAAAAAAUGCCAAAUUGACUUUUGAAGAGUAUGCUACAGUCCUUAGCCAAGUGGAGGCUAUAAUGAAUUCCCGGCCUCUCUGCUCAACAUCAGAUCCAGACGACGAAAUUUUGACACCGGGCCAUUUUUUGAUUGGCCGUCCUCUGAUAGCCACGCCGGAGCCUAGCUACAAUGAGAUACCAACCAAUCGCCUGUCAAGAUGGCAGUAUCUACAGUAUCUCCGUGAGCAGUUCUGGAGACAAUGGAGCCGGGACUACUUGUUGAACCUGCAACUGAGGGGGAAAAACCGCCAAAGACAACCAAACAUUCGCCCUGGUAUAAUCGUGCUGCUUGAGCAGAAGGAUAUCCCACCGCAAUGUUGGAAGAUGGGAAAGGUCGUCCAGAUUUACCCAGAUUCCGACAAUUUGGUGCGAGCGGUAGACAUCAACGUCGAAGGUUGCAUCUAUAGACGAGCGGUAUCCAAAUUAUCCGUCCUUCCGAUUGCUGACAAUGACGACCAAAACAUCGAUUCAGUGAAUUCUUCGCAGCCUGGGGGGAAUAUGUUCGCGACCGAACCGUUCGCUCCGGAAAGACUGCCAAAUGAAAUCGAACGACGCACACCAACAGAAGCAGCGGCAGCAGCAGAGAUGCCAGAUCUACGGAAAUCUCCGUAG